ACAAAGGAAGAGAGAGAGACAAGUCACUUAUUUCACUUCAACCUCAUCCACACAAUAAACAACAUUUCUCAUUUUGUUGAAUCGCAUGGAAAACGUUCCAGAAUCUUCAUCGAAGGGGACCAAACGCCGGCGAGCUGAGAGUUCCGAUGCCGGAAACACCUCAUCAUCACUCGAGAACGAUCUUACAUUCACUGAUACGCUUAUUGCGCUUCGAAUCAUGCGAGCUCAAUUUCCCCAAAUUCUCAAUGUUUCGGUUGAACCGUUUAUAUUGAAGUCUCAAUUGUAUAGCAGUGUGAAGGACAGAACACAAGUGGAUAGGGAAUUAGAGUCUCUUCGGAGGGAUAAAGUGCUUCGCCUUUUUAAAUUAAAUACUGGACAAGAUGAUCAUGCUGUAAUGUUUUUGGAUGAUUACUUAAAACAGAUAGAUCGUGUUUUUAAAAGAAUGGAAGGAAAGACAGGAGCAGGAUUUGAAGUUUUUGAGUGGUUCAAAACUCAUGUCCUAGAUUCAAAGCUGGAAACUGGCAUUGAACAUCAGGAGCUUUGCUCACUUUUGUCACUUGGGGGAAAGGUGAAGGACAAUCACAUCUCCCUUCUAAUUAAUGCUGGCGUCCUUACCAGGCAACUUAUUGAUCCAAACAUGUAUUGGAUAGCAAUUCCAAAUAUUGGCUCACUUCUUAAGGGUCUUGUUCAGGGAAGGAAGGAAAUUAUUUCCCUUCUCAGCCGACGUCAAUAUAAGGAGAUGAUGUUGGCUGUUUUAGAAAAGAAGCGUCUUCGAAUGUCCCCACUCGAUAUGAGAUUUCAUCUUCGUGAUUUGAUUGGUUCCGGUCAUCUCAGAAGUGACCAGACUCCAGUUGGUAUAGUUAUCAGAGUAUCCAAAGAUUAGAGGUCCAGAAAGUCAUAGGUUUACUUGCAUCCAUGAAUUGAUUUGUCUGCUGCUUUUUACUCUUAAUUUGUUUAAGAGUCUUAGUGGCUUAUGCUUUGGACAAAUAAUUGUUAUUUUUUAUUAAUAAAUGGAUAUAUAAUUGGUAUA